CCAUAGUGUGCAAAUGUAACUCCAAUCAAAGGGGUAACCCGCGAAUAGACACAACACAGAUAGCAAGAGUGCACCCUGGGACAUUUAUAUCAUUGCAGAGGCUGUGUAAGGAACUAUUUCGGUUGCUACGGAUAUAAGCAGUCGAUCAUUAUGUUUAAGAAAAAGAAAAAGGAAAAGAUAUCAGAGAAGAUCGAUUCUAUCGAAAUAUCGGCUAAGAAAACUACAAAUGCAGUCUUCGAUAACCAUGUUGAAGACGGACAUGUUGCUGCUAGUCUUGGAUACAAGGGAGAAGAGACACCAAAAUAUGAAAUGCUUGUCGGAGUAUUUGAGCCAGAUAUAAUUACCCGUCUAGAACCCAAACAAGUUCUGCCCUACAUGCCCUCUAUCGAUCCCAUCCUAAGUGACAAAAUCAAGAACAUUAGCGAGAUUGACAGAGCUGUUGCUUCGGGAGUUCUGCUCGACGCCAUAAAACAGUCACGUGAUCGAGGAAUUUGGCGGGAAUUUAUGACAGCUUUGGAAGGAACCAAAUAUAUUGCACUGCGACAAAAACUUCAUGGAGACUCUGUUCACGAUGAUACUAAUGAAAGACGGUAUAUUGAGAUUAUGACUCCCCAGCUUAGACAAAUCAUAAAUCCAUGUGAGAUAACACCCGCGCUUCUUUCUCGUGACGUUCUCAUUCAAGAAGACGUAGAGGAGAUUACAUGUGAGGCAAACAACCGUGGUUCCAUAGCGGCAACAGAUCUGUUAUUGAAAAGGGUAUCUGGGAAGCAUCCCAAGUGGUACACUGAAUUAGUUGCAGCUCUUUUCACUAGCGGUAUGAGUGAUGCAGGAGAUAUCCUACUUGAAGGGUUGAACCAGAUCCCCGAAAGAUCAAAAGAUUCUAUAUCGUAUCUGACACGAUCACAUGUUCCUAAAACAGAAUUAAAGGGAACACACUCGCGAUCCAAAUCUGUAAAAGAGAGAAAUCCUAAAACAGAAGUGAAGGGAAUGCACCCGGUAUCCAAUUCUGUAAAGGAGAGAAAUCCUACUCAAGGCAACGGCAAAAAACAACAAAGGCCACAUUCGUCAGUUACACCGUUAUAUAAAUUGGGUAAUCAACCAAGCACACAAGGAAAGUAUUACAUUACACCAGUCAUGCAAAGACUAGAGUCUGAAGAACAUGUUUAUGAUGUGGUUUCUGACGAAGAUAGCUUAUAUAAGACCACCGACUUUCGGAAGAAGGAAGUAAACGAAGAUGCCGAGGUGGAUAUCGCCGACACAGCAAGUUACAAAGAAUCAGUUCACGAACAACAGCAAUUUCAGACGGAAAUCAAAGACCGCGUGGAAACUGCAAAUGACAUACCGUAUCUUUGUCUGGAUAGAGCGUUGGUGGAAGGAACGAAUGACAUUGCAACACAGUACUCUACAUCGCUGCCGAAAGUGCCGCCACGACUGCCAAUGCGUAUUUCAAAGGACAGAGUUGAGUCAAUGCCUAUGAAGGAGCAGGACGAAUAUGAAGACACUGACCUAAUGAAUGUCAAAAGAGAAACCAUUUAUGUUUAUUCUGUAGAAGACCGUGAUGCUAUCUACCAGGGACAUCGAUCUUUUCAAAAGGGGGAAAUUAUUCGUGUCAUAAAACCCAAAGACGAUGAACAGGACGAGGAAUACUAUCAGUGUGAUGAUGAGGCUGGGAACCUUAUUCCUAAGAGUUGUGUUGAAGUCAUUGACAUACCAAAGAGAAAACAUACAAGUAAUCGCAAAUCAACUUCAUCUGAAUCUGCAUCCGUUGCAACAGACACUCAAAUUCCUGAGAGUAUGAUAAAGACGGUUAAUCAAAUGUUAAGUGAUCUUCUGAAGAAACACAAGGUCUUAGAGCAACACGUGGAAGUUCUUAAGGAGCAGCGGGGUGUGCGCGAAAACGGUAUCAAACAAGAAGACGAUGAUGAAGAAGACCUUGAAAACAUUACUUCUUUGUGCUGAUCAAACAAGGACUGUCGUGUACUCUGCUGAAACAAAUCACUGUUUGUCGAUAUGUUUUAACAUUUUGCUAGCGAUCACCUUCAUGAUAAGUGCUGCUUAACUCCAAAAUCGAGUAACAAUGACAUAAAUGCUUCAAACUUUAUUUGAUGGUGAUACCUGCAAGAACUUUGGAAGCUAAAAAUAUGCUUCACAAUACUCCCUUAAAUAUUUGUAAAAAAAAGCUGGAAAUUAGCUUUGAUUGGACACCGUAUCUUGUUAUGUUUGUACAUUUGUUAACAUGUUUAAGGAAAACAUUCAUGUUUUAUCGGAUAAGUUUAUCUAACACUACUUUAAUACUGUGUAUAUUGCAAAUUUUAAGGAGAUCAAAUAUUGGUUCCUUUUUAUUUUGAUUUAUGUUAUGUGUCAUAAUAUAUUUUUUUUCUAAAUUAUUUUAACUCCAUUAACAAGGCCAUGAAAUGAAAAGAAAAGUAAUUUCUUGCUCUGUUUCUCAUAUUUCAUGUCAUCAAUAUAUACAUUGGAAGAACAUGGUUUUAAAAGAGGAAAACAUUUAUUUUUUAACCUAGAAAGGAUGUGAAGUGAUGAAAUGAUUUUCGUUAGUUACUCAGUAAUUACUAAGUUUUUUCGACAAACUCGAGUCAAUUAAUUACUACUUAUAUACAUAUCGGGAUUCAAAUCCAUUUCUUUCAUUCAUAUUACUUGGGCCUACACAAAAUAUGUAACCUUCU